AAAAAACCAAACAAAGGGAGGAGAGGAGCCAAGGAAGAGAAGAGAGAGUAGACUCAGAUUUUCCGUUGGAUCAGUUAUAGAAAAAGAUGAAAUGAUUAACAGAAAACAUUGACCAUUUAUUUUAUUUAUUUAUAUCUUUUUAUUUAUUUAUUUAUUUUUAUAUGUUUUUUUUCUCUUCUUCUUCCUCUCUGACGUAAAGGAGGAGAGAAGACUCUUCUUCAUUCUUCAAUGGACUCCAUUUCUUUCCGUCACAAUCCUCUUCAAUUCUCUCUCUAGGGUUUCUGAAUCCUCAAUUCUCUCGCCUCCACGCCCGCCAUGAAAACUUCCCUCCGAAAGCUCCGCGGCUUCGCCCUCCACCGCCAAGACGUCCGCGAACGGAGAGUCGUGCAGCCUCUCGCGCAACUGGAUGAGCUCGUUCAGGCCACGCAGGAUAUGCAAGACAUGCGAAACUGCUAUGAUACCCUACUCUCUGCAGCUGCAGCGACUGCAAACAGUGCUUAUGAAUUCUCAGAAUCAUUGAAAGAACUGGGGGGUUGUCUUCUUGAGAAAACUGCAUUGAAUGAGGAUGAAGAAAGUGGUAAAGUUUUGCUAAAGCUGGGAAAGGUGCAAUAUGAACUUCAGAAACUUGUAGAUAGCUAUCGCUCUCAUAUUUUCCAGACAAUUGUAACACCAUCAGAGUCUCUUCUUAAGGAGCUUCGGACGGUUGAGGAGAUGAAGCGACAAUGUGAUGAAAAAAGAGACGUAUAUGAAUACAUGAUAACAAGACAAAGAGAAAAAGGGAGGUCAAGAAGCGGGAGAGGUGAAACUUUUUCUUCACACCAGGUGCAAGCGGCUUGUGAUGAAUAUGAUGAGGAGGCAACCUUAUUUGUUUUCCGUUUGAAAUCUUUGAAGCAAGGACAAUCCCGUAGCCUUCUUACACAGGCUUCUAGGCACCAUGCUGCUCAGUUGUCUUUCUUCAGAAAGGCUCUCAAGUCUCUUGAGGUAAUUGAGCCGCAUGUAAAAUUGGUCACAGAACAGCAACAUAUUGAUUACAAGUUCAGUGGACUAGAAGAUGAUGAUUGGGAUGAUGGGGAAGAUGAUGACGACUAUGAUGGGCAUGAUGGGGACUUAAGUUUUGACUAUGGACAAAUUGAUCAUGAACAGGAUUUUGUUUCUACAGCGAGAAACUCAAUGGAGUUGGAUCAGGAGGACCUUACAUUUCCUCAAGUUGCAACAAUGGAUUCUGUGAAGUUGCAGGAAAAUCUAGACAAAAGCUAUGUGGAUUCUUUUGCUAUUAAUAGUGAAAGCAGGAAAAUCAGCCAAUCUGCCCCACUUUUUGCUGAGAAGAAAUUUGAUUCUGCAUGGAUGAGAGAAAUGCGGCCUCUGUCAACACGCAAGCUUCGGACCUAUGUACUACCCACACCAGAUGAUACAAAGAGUUCAGCUCCUACAAGAUCAGAUAGUCCGGAUUCUCGCCCAAUACCCACAAGUUUGAGUGGUCGUCCUCACAAUUUGUGGCAUUCUUCCCCCUUGGAACCAAAGUAUGAAAAGAUUUUGGGAGAUGACAAAGUUUUUGAAUCUACUGCCAUGAAUGCACAGUCAGUACUCAAAGAGAGCAAUACUAAUCAUGUGUCUAGUGGACUACCCCCUCCUUUGGUUGAUGGGCUUCCAUUUCGGAUGAUAAAUUCAAGUGUUGUUUCUGAUACUAAGAAGGUCAAAAGAUACGCUUUUUCUGGUCCAUUGACAAGGAACCCAUGGUCAACCAAGCCUGGUUUGUCUGCCAGUGAUCCUUUGGUCUCAGUGACACAACCCCAAUUGUUUUCUGGACCCCUUUUGCGGAGUCAAAUGCCGCAUCUAUCAUCAUCAUCAUCACCUCCAAGAGUAUCUCCAAUUGCUUCUCCCUUUUUGUCAUCACCCAAAAUAAAUGAGCUUCAUGAGCUUCCUAGGCCCCCUUCCAGUUUGACCUUGAAACCUUCAAGACCUUCAAGUUUGAUAGGUCAUUCUGCCCCCUUGGUUGCCAGUGGUCCCAACCUUUCUGCUACAAAUAAAUUGGUGGUGUCAAGUACAGCAUCUCGGUUGCCAUUACCUCUGCAAGCUGUUCCUCGCAGUCUCUCCACCCCCUCAAGUGGUCAGAAACUGAAGAUACCACGUGUUUCUGGACCAUCAGAAGCUCCUCAGAAUUCAGAGAUGGCUGAAAAUGUCACUUCACCACCUCUAACACCAAUUUCUUUAUCAAACAUCCAGCCGGCAUCAACUUCUUCUGUCAAUGAUACUAGUCAACUUGGAGGUGCUGAAUGAUUUUAAGCAAUUCCAUGGGUAAUUUUCUUCUCCUAACUUACCAACCAAAAGCAAGGAGGCAAAAUUUGUUUCACAUAAUCUCCAACAGGUGCGAAUCUGUAAAUAUAUCCAGUUGUGUAUUAUUUUUUUGUUUCUUGUAUUAGUUUCUGUUAACAGUCAUUUGUUAUUUAGGGCAGAGUUCAUGGAAACUGCCCUAUAUUCCCUCAUUUGAGGAAUUUUGUCAUGUUGUCAAGUAAUUAAUAACAGAAUGCCUUUCUUUUUUCA